CCGCCCUGUCGGCCGAGCUGGCCUGGCCCUCGGCGGGAGGGCGCCCUUCCUCGAAGUGCCUCGCCGCCACACGCCGAAAAACAUCGAAGCGGAAGCAGAUUCGGAGUCUGCGGCUUAAAUGGUUGCCCCGCACCCCCCUGGGCUUCUGCUUUUGGUGUUGGUUGGAAAAUGGAUACACUUUAUUUGACUAUGAUGUUGGACUAAAUGACAUAAUUCAGCUACUAGUUCGCCCAGACCCUGACCAUCUUCCUGGCACAUCUACACAGACUGAUGAGGCCAAACCCUGUUCUUAUAGUCCACCUAAAGUAAAGAAAGCACCAAGGGUGGGACCUUCCAGUCAGCCGUCCACAUCAGCUCGUGCCUGUCUUAUCGAUCCUGGCUUUGGGCUAUAUAAGGUAAAUGAAUUGGUGGAUGCCAGAGAUGUCGGCCUUGGUGCUUGGUUUGAAGCACACAUACAUAGUGUUACUAAAGCUUCUGAUGGACAGUCACGUGGCAAAGCUCCACUGAAGAAUGGCAGUUCUUGUAAAAGGACUGAUGGAAAUGUAAAUCAUAAAUCCAGAGAGAACACAAAUAAAUUGGACCGUGUACCCUCUACGUCUAAUUCAGACUCUGUUGCUGCUGAGGAAGACGUUAUUUAUCAUAUCCAGUAUGAUGAAUAUCCGGAAAGUGGUACUCUAGAAAUGAAUGUCAAGGAUCUUAGACCACGAGCUAGAACCAUUUUGAAAUGGAAUGAACUAAAUGUUGGUGAUGUGGUAAUGGUUAAUUAUAAUGUAGAAAAUCCUGGACAAAGAGGAUUUUGGUUUGAUGCAGAAAUUACCACAUUGAAGACAAUUUCAAGGACCAAAAAAGAACUUCGUGUGAAAAUUUUUCUGGGGGGUUCUGAAGGAACAUUAAAUGACUGCAGGAUAAUAUCUGUAGAUGAAAUCUUCAAAAUUGAGAAACCUGGGGCCCAUCCUCUUUCAUUUGCAGAUGGAAAGUUUUUAAGGAGAAAUGACCCUGAAUGUGACCUGUGUGGUGGAGACCCGGAUAAGAAAUGCCGCUCUUGCUCCUGCCGUGUCUGUGGCGGGAAACAUGAACCCAACAUGCAGCUUCUGUGUGAUGAAUGUAAUGUGGCUUAUCACAUUUACUGCCUGACGCCGCCUUUGGAUAAGGUUCCGGAAGAGGAGUACUGGUAUUGUCCUUCCUGUAAAACUGAUUCCAGUGAGGUUGUCAAGGCUGGUGAAAGACUCAAGAUGAGUAAAAAGAAAGCAAAGAUGCCAUCAGCUAGUACUGAAAGCCGGAGAGACUGGGGCAGGGGAAUGGCUUGUGUUGGUCGGACGAGAGAAUGUACUAUUGUCCCUUCUAAUCAUUAUGGACCUAUUCCUGGCAUUCCUGUUGGAUCAACUUGGAGAUUUAGAGUUCAGGUGAGCGAAGCAGGUGUUCAUAGGCCCCAUGUUGGUGGAAUUCAUGGUCGAAGUAACGAUGGCGCUUAUUCUCUUGUCCUGGCUGGUGGAUUUGCAGAUGAAGUAGACCGAGGUGAUGAAUUCACAUACACUGGAAGUGGUGGUAAAAAUCUUGCUGGUAAUAAAAGAAUUGGUGCACCAUCAGCCGAUCAAACAUUAACAAACAUGAACAGGGCACUGGCCCUAAACUGUGAUGCUCCAUUGGAUGAUAAAAUUGGAGCAGAGUCUCGGAAUUGGAGAGCUGGUAAGCCAGUCAGAGUGAUACGCAGUUUUAAAGGGAGGAAGAUCAGCAAAUAUGCUCCUGAAGAAGGCAACAGAUAUGAUGGCAUUUAUAAGGUGGUGAAAUACUGGCCAGAGAUCUCAUCAAGCCAUGGAUUCUUGGUUUGGCGCUAUCUUUUAAGAAGAGAUGAUGUUGAACCUGCUCCUUGGACCUCUGAAGGGAUAGAACGGUCAAGGAGAUUAUGUCUACGUUUACAGUAUCCGGCAGGCUACCCUUCAGACAAGGAGGGGAAGAAGACCAAAGGGCCGGCGAGGAAGCAGGCCGGUGGAAGCACCAAGCGGCCGGCCUCGGAGGAUGACUGUCCAAGUGCCUCCAAAGCGUUCAAAGCGGCAGAUUCGGCAGAAGCAGUAGAGGCUUUCCAGCUAACUCCUCAGCAGCAGCAGCUGAUCAGAGAAGACUGUCAGAACCAGAAGCUAUGGGAUGAAGUGCUCGCAUCUCUUGCGGAAGGACCAAAUUUUCUGAAAAAAUUGGAACAAUCUUUCAUGUGUGUGUGCUGCCAGGAGCUAGUCCACCAGCCGGUAACAACAGAGUGCUUCCACAACGUCUGUAAAGAUUGCUUACAGCGCUCCUUUAAGGCCCAGGUUUUCUCUUGCCCUGCUUGCCGGCAUGAUCUUGGCCAGAACUACAUCAUGAUUCCCAAUGAGGUUCUGCAGACGCUGCUCGACCUUUUCUUCCCCGGCUACAGCAAAGGACGAUGA